GCUUCUCCCCGUCUGAUCUGGUGGCCAAAAAUUAUAGUAACGCUCGUCAGGGCCUGAAACCAUAGUAUUACAAUGUAUGGUCAGGAAGCAUGAUGCCGAGCUGCACAUAUAACAUGCCCUUCGCGUUGCUUGUGAAAACAAUGUAAAACUAAUCCUUACCACAUCAAAGAUGGCGGCGGCUGAACGUAUGCCAGUAGUUAUCAGUAAGGAACACUUCCGGCGCACGGCGUGACGUCAUUGCCUCUUGUUUUGGCCUUUUACAGCCUCUUCUCUAGCGGGAUGUUUUCAGGUCAGCCGCCCGGUCCUCCUCCGCCGCCCAUGCAGCCUGGAGCCGGCCUCAUGUCUACUCCUCCCGGGGCCAAGAACCCCAACAGCACCCUGGUGGACGAGCUGGAGUCCUCCUUCGAGGCUUGCUUUGCUUCUCUCGUGAGCCAGGACUAUGUGAACGGCACAGACCAGGAGGAAAUCCGCACUGGCGUGGAACAGUGUAUUCAGAAGUUCCUGGACGUGGCCAGACAGACCGAAUGUUUCUUCCUACAGAAGAGAUUGCAGCUCUCUGUCCAAAAGCCGGAGCAGGUUAUUAAAGAGGAUGUGACAGAACUGAGGAUCGAGCUGCAGAGGAAGGAAGCGCUCAUACAGAAGCACCUGACCAAACUGCGGAGCUGGCAGCAGGUUCUAGAGGAGAUCAAUGGUCAGCAUAAGAAGCCCAGCGAGAUGGCACAAGGGCCUCUUGCAUUUUUGGAGCAAGCCUCUGCCAAUAUCCCUGCUCCAAUGAAGCAGACGUGACCUGGCUGCCUCAGGGACUUCUUGUAAAGAAUAUUACCAUUUUUUUUCCCUUGGCUCGAUUUUGUACUAUAUUUUGUAAAGUAGAAUCUUUUUUUUUUUUUGAACUGGCGACUUUUUAUGCUACGGUUUAAUUAAAAAUAUUUCUAAGGCCUCAUU